AACUUUCUUUCAAAAUUUUUGAACGAAGAGAAAAGUUCUUGAUUUUUUUCCGCUCAUCCCACCAUCUGAUAGAGCAUUUUCUUCUCUUUUGACCGUCAAAAUGAGUUCAGCAAUGAUGUAUGAGACUAUCUGGUUUGAUAAGGACAAGUAUGAUACAGCUGAAGAGCUUUUAUUUCAAGCUCACUUGAACGGCCCUUCUUCUGCUUCACCAUCAACACCAACCUCUGCUCCUGUUUCGUCCCCAAAAACACAGGGCUCUUGUUCCUCCUCUGCCAAGGAGAUUGCAGAAGCUCGUAGAAAAAUACAACAAACUUUGAGUGCGGCCCCAGCUACUUCUUCAUCUCCUGUUACUUCUGCAAGUGAAAAGCGCAUGGCUCAACUAGAGACAGAAAAUAAGGAGCUUCGUAAAACUACCGAAGACUUGACAGCUGCGAUUCAGAAACUAGAGCUUAGAGUAUCCAAACUUGAAUCUGGUAAAACUGAUGCUCCAGCUGCCGCUCCUGCUCCAGCUGCCCCAGUGAAGGAAGAGAAGAAAAAAGAAGAAAGUGAUGACGAUGAUGAUGUGGAUUUGUUUGGAUCUAGCUCAGAUGAAGAUGAUGAGGAACAAGAAAAAAUCAAGGCGGAGAGGCUGGCUGCUUAUCAAGCUAAAAAAGCCAAGAAGCCCCAAGUAAUAGCAAAAUCUACCAUUGUCCUAGACGUCAAGCCUUGGGAUGAUGAAACAGAUUUGGCAGAAAUGGAAUCAAAAGUUCGAUCCAUUCAGACUGAAGGACUUCUCUGGGGAGCUUCAAAAAUCAUACCAAUCGCAUAUGGCAUCAAGAAACUUCAAAUYGGUUGUGUAGUUGAGGAUGACAAAGUUGGGACAGAUUUCCUAGAGGAAAGCAUCACAGGCUUCGAAGACUUUGUCCAGAGUGUAGACAUCGUGGCAUUCAAUAAAAUCUAAUUCCAUGCCGUAACCCAGUGAAAUUAAGAAUAAAAGGACUAGUAAAGAAA